AUGGCGGAAGAAAAUGACGAAUAUUUUCAGCUUUUGGAAGAAAUUGACAUUAAUCAGUUAAUGCUUUUGCAGGCUUACAUCAGAGGAACACUAACAAGAAGAUGGCUGACAGACCUCAGACUUGAAUACCAAAAAAUUUGUCAAGAAAUUGAAAGAAAAGAUCUCAAUGUAGAAUGGCCAUCAGAACAACCUUGUUUGCCAAAGAUAUCCAGCAAAAGACACAGAAAAUCACAGAAAAGUUCAGAAAAAUCCAAAGACAUAAAAUUUUCUGUUGAAAUUCAGACUGAUUUUGAAAACUUCUCUGAACCUAAAGACAAUCCUUUAAAUUCAGUUAGUGCACGAGGAACUGGAACUGUAUCUGAUCCUGUGGUCAUUAAUGAUUCAGUGUUAGAUGUCUGUAAUCAAACAGACCGAGAACAGGACAGGCUGGACUCUUUGGACAGUAUUCCAGUUAGAGACUCAGACUCACAGAGUCAAGCAGUACCAAGAGAACAUUUGAGCAUAGAAGAGACUUCUGAUAAAGAAGAAAAUUCGUUGGUGCCAAAUUAUGGAGAAACAAAUGCAAAAGAAAUACACAAAACAGAUGCCAGUAACUCAGUUUUGUGUGAUGUCACAUCAGUUUGGGAUGCUGAAUUGUCAUCAUUUGCUACAGAAGAGAUCAGAUUGCCAACAGAGAAGAGUGAACUAAAAGAAUUGAGAAAGAAUCUAGCUAUGGAAUUAUUAUGGAUACAACAAGCUAUUCAAAGUAGAAAGAAUUACUUAAGACUAAAAAAUCAGAUGGGAUCCUGA